AUGAAAGACAUCGCUAUAAGAGAUCUGAGAUCAGCUUUACUACCUUACAAGAGAAGAAACUUAAUUCAGAAGAGGCACAGAGAGAAAAAGAAGCAGUUUCACUGUGAGAAGAGAUAUAGUUGUAAACGUGAUCCGAAGAGACAUGUGCCUUCACACACCAAUGAGAGACCGUAUCAGUGCAGUGAAUGUGACAAAACCUUUAAGGAUUCAGGAUCAUUAAAGUUACACCAGAAUAUUCACUCUGAAAAGAAACUCUUUCAGUGUUUACACUGUGAUAAAUGUUACAGUCAUAAAUCUCAGCUGAUAAUCCAUGAGAUAAUUCACACUGUAGAGAAACCUUAUCACUGUAGUGUCUGUGGGAAGAGUUUUAGUGAACAGUUACCCUUAAAAAGGCACCAGAGAAUUCAUACAAGUGAAAAACCUUACAAAUGCUCUCAGUGUGGCAAGACAUUUGCUCAGUCAGUUUACUUAAAAGUCCACCAGAGAAUUCACACUGGAGAGAAACCUUAUCACUGUAGUGUCUGUGGGAAGAGUUUUAGUCAACGGUCAAACUUAAUAAUUCACCAGAGAAUUCAUACAGGUGAAAAACCUUACAAAUGCUCUCAGUGUGACAAGACAUUUGCUCAGUCAAUUUACUUAAAAGUCCAUGAGAGAAUUCACACUGGAGAGAAACCUUAUCGCUGCAGUGUCUGUGGGAAGCGUUUUAGGCAACAGUCACCCUUAAUAAACCACCAGAGAAUUCAUACAAGUGAAAACCCUAACAAAUGCUCUCAGUGUGGCAAGACAUUUGCUCAGUCAAUUUACUUAAAAGUCCACCAGAGAAUUCACACUGGAGAGAAACCUUAUCACUGUACUGUCUGUGGUAAGAGUUUUAUUCAAUUGUCAAACUUACUUCAGCACCAGAGAAUUCAUACCGGUGAAAAACCUUACAAAUGCUCUCAGUGUGACAUGACAUUUUCUCAGUCACGUUCCUUAAAAUCCCAUCAGAGACUUCAUAUGGGAAAGAAACCUUAAAGGAAUACUUUAGAUAAUUUACUCACCUCCAUCUCAUCCAAAAUGUGUGUGUCUUUCUUUGUUCAGAGAAGAAAUUAAGUUUUUUUAGAGAAACAUGGAUUUUUCUCAUUUUAAUAGACUUUAUUGGACCCCAACACUUUACAGUUUCCACGCAGUUCCAAAGCGCUCUAAACGAUCCCAAACAAGGAAUAAGGGCAGGGCUCCAAAUUGACAUUUUAGAGGGGUGGUACUGGCACCACCCAAGUUGUACGGCUGGUGGCGCUGGGCCUCAUUGUGGUGGCACCAAUCACUGAGUGGUGUAAAAACAAA